UGAGUGUCUAUUUUAACGAAACAAAUUUUGUGAUAAUGAAAGAUGUAAUCAUCAAAGUCUACGUUGAAUCAUCAAAAUUUGCAUCUCGUUCUUCCAACACCAAACCCCCUUCAAAGAGAGGUACUUCAUCAAUCCCUUCAUCUUCUUCCAAACCUCAAAAAGGAAGAAUACAAGGAUAUGAUCGCCGAGCUCAGCUACUUGCCUACGCAAAGAAAUUAAGGUCUCCCGGUGGUAAAUCAGCCAAAUGGUCUGAAGCAAAAUCAAUGGCAAAAGACAACCCGAAAUGGAAAUGGCCAACACUUUCUCUUAAUAGGAUAACAACGACGUCGUCGUACCCUAAGCUUUCCCAUCGAACAAACAAGCAAUGGAGGUAUGAACAGAUUGCUACCGAAAAUUAUAACAACGAUGUCGAUGAAUUAGGCAAGCAACAACGUAAGACCACAACCCGGAAAGCCAGACCAAAACGAAAUUCUGGUUUUUGCGAAAAGAUUAAGAGUUUUCUCAAACAGCUGUCCUGCUUUUGUAGCUGCAAAUAGAGGCCAUUCCUCAUCACUUUCAUUCAAUGACACUCGAGAAACUUUGUUUGAAACUGAUAGAUAUAGAUAAAACCUCUUUCCUUUGUUACAUUUUCUUUUUUCUCGUGCUACACCUCUUUCCUAAUACUAUCUUCUGUUCUUAUUAUUAGACAUUUUGAUUUAUUUUAAGUUUCACUAGUAUGUUUUUUCAAUUGAAAAAAGAAAUCUGAAAAAAACAUUUCUACAUUCAUCACGUUCUCUUAAUUUAUUAGAAAAUAUUUUUAAAUUUUUUUCUAUCGAAAAAAUAUAUUAAGUGAAACUUAAAACAAAUAAAAACGACUUAUAAUAAGAAACGAUCAGGGUUGCUAUCCUUCCUGGUAAUAGAUCAUGGUUCGAUUCCCACCAGAGGUUCUAAGGGAAUUUUACCCACAUUUAAGUGGAGUUUAUGGGGUGG